AUGAAUAACACUAACAAUAUUUAUCAAAAAUUAGAGCAAAUCCAAAGUAAACUAACCCAUUUAACUAAGUCCGAACAAAACCGAUUUCAGCAUUAUAAAUAUGUUUCGGAGUAUCAGAUUUUAACCAUUUUAAAGCCUUUAUUGGCUGAAACUAAAUUAAUCCUAUUACUUUCAGAUACCAAGGAUACCACUGGGCAAAAUACCGAUAUUGCCAAAGCCAAAGGUUCGGCUGAAACCUAUGCCAUUAAAUAUUUCUUACAAAAAUUAUUCCUAAUUCCCACUUCGGAUAAUUUAGAUCCGGACAAAUUAGAUACUAGCAAGCCCAAGGAAAUAGUGGCUACUAAACCCCUCACCGAAGCCGAAAAAGAGCAAAACGAAUAUUUAAUAAAUUAUGCUCUAAAUGUAAAAAUAAAUCCGAAGAGGAAAAGAACCAACCCCUUAAAACCUCCUAUAUACCCCAAAACUAUGACCGAAAUUAAAGAAAAAAUAACUCCUCUCAAAAAUAGUGAAGAUUACGAAAAAUUAAAGGCUGAUUAUGAAGCUGAAAAAAAGCAAUUAAAAGAUAAAGUGGAAGAGUGA